AUGCUGGAUCCAAUAAAUCCACCAACAUCGCCUUAUAUGGAGUCUGAUGCUCUAACUCCUCUACCGUCGUCUCAAAUAGACCCUAAUAAUGAUGGACCAGCAACAACUGAGGAACCUACACCGCAACCAACUCUGGAAGAACCAGAAACUAAGAAACCAAAACUAGCACCCAAACCAACAGCUACAACAGCUAGAGCAGCUUCGUCCUCAGCAGCUGGUACUGCCGGUGGCAGUACUGGUACCGGUACUGGUACUGGUACUGGCUCAGCCCCUAAAAAGCUGAGUGCCGAAGCAUUGAGAAGGAGAAGAGAAAAUCGACAGCGAGCAGCAGCAGCACUAGCCCAGAACUUGAAAAAUUCAGGAGUAGGACGAUUUGAACAAGAAAAUGGGUUUGGGUUGACGGCCGUGCAGCCUAUUCCCUUGAUCAAUCAGAAAAACUAUUAUACAGAGUAUUUGAAAAAAGACGAACAAGUUGGCUUUAUACGUAAUUGGAGGCUUGAAAGAGAUUUGCAAAAUAAGUUGAGAAAGUUGAAGCAAAAUGGAGAAAUUGAUAAGCUUGAGGAAGUGAAGAAUUUUAACGAUUUUGAUUUAAAUAAUAUUGAAAAUGAGUUGAAGAAGAAAACAGAGGUUGAUGACGAGGAUGUGGAGGAGGAGGAAGAAGAAGAAACCGAAGAAUUACGGCAGGAAAAGGCCAAGAUUGGUGAAGAUGUCAUUGUUUUGCAGCCAGGGUCAGCAUACAUACGAUUGGGUAGAGCUACAGAUGCUGUCCCCAUAGUGAUACCAAAUGUGAUAGCAGUGAGAAAAAGAACCAAGACAGAAAAAACGAUAUUACCUCACAGAGAAGUGGAUGAGGAUAGGAUAGUGCUUAACAAUGAGUUUGAUGAACAAAGAUCAAUCGUGUCGAAGGACUUCCGCGCAAGAAUGAGAUACUAUAAAAGGAGAAUAUUACCAAACUCAAGAGAAACGGUGGCAAACUAUAAUAGGAAGCAAGAGCCAGAGAAAAUACCAGACCACAAUGACCCCGAUAGGAAGGAAUGGAUUAAACCAGAUUCAAGAAAGUUUUACACAGGAGAAGAUGCAUUACAGUUAGUCUUGAAUGAUGAGUGGUGUUUGAGGUAUCCAAUGAUAAAUGGAAACUUCAAUGAGUAUUCAAAAGACUAUGAAUCUAGACAAGAAAUUUUGGGCGAUUUGACAAACAUCAUACAGAGUGCUUUAAAAGGUGUUGACGUGGCAAAUAUGAAAGUAAUGCUUUUGAUACCGGAUUUGUAUGAUAAGACUUAUGUUGAGGCAUGGUGUGAGUUGUUAUUAAAGUUUAUCGGAUUUGGCAAGAUUGGGAUAAUACAGGAGGCAGUGGCCGCCACCUUUGGAGCAGGUGCUUCCACUACAUGUAUAGUUGAUGUUGGAGCACAAACUACAAAAGUGAGUUGUGUAGAUGAAGGUAUGAUCAUUAGUGAUUCUAGGAUAUUGUUGAAUUAUGGAGGCGACAAUAUAACUGAAACAUUUAUUAAAUUAGCCUUGGAAAACUGGUUUCCAUAUCGUGAUAUCAACUUAUCAAACUCAUAUGACUGGAAGCUUGCAAUGUCGUUGAAGAAGAAUUUUGCUACCUUCCAAGAUGCCGAUAUUGCUAUCCAGUUGUAUAAUUUCUACAAAAGAAAUCCCUAUCAAUUAACUGAAAAAUUUGAAUUCAAGGUUUUUGAUGAGGUGAUGUUGGCACCAAUGGGGUUGUUUUUCCCAGAUUUGUUUCAAGAGCCGCCACUGAGUCCUGCUUUUCAUAGUCUGACGAAACCUACAAAUAUGACGAUGAAACAUUUGUUCCCCAAAUCUUUAGAUCAGUAUAAUAGCAAAUCCAACAAUCCUAGGAGUAAAUCACAAGACAAGCUAAAGACCAAUUUGAAUUAUUGUGAUGUUGACGAAAUGGGGUUACUUAUGAGAUUAGUUGACGACAGCGCUGAGGCGAAUAACACACCACUUAAGAUACCACUAGAGAAAGCGAUUGUUGAGUCCAUCACCAAUGCUAGUUUGAGUGACCCAACCAAAAUGAAAAAGUAUUAUGACAACAUUUUGGUUGUUGGUGGAGGUCUUGCAAAAAUUGAUGGCUACGACCUAAUCCUCGCUGAUAGAAUAAAUAUAUGGAGACCAAAGUAUUUGUCUACAACGGCAUUUGGGUCCAUUAUCGAGUACCUCAACUCGGAGAUAAAGAACAGCACUUUGAAGAAACAGCAGAUGAUUGAAGAAGCUAAAGGAGACGAGCAAGAAUUAGCACAAGAGGUUUUUGAUAAGAUUGACGCCGAGUGUGAAUUGCAAUUAGAUCUUGACCAUGUGGAUGAGCUCAACGAGGAAGGCUCUUUAAUACCAAUCAACAUCUUGCCAACACCUAGAGAAUUUGAUCCAUCAAUGUUGACGUGGAAGGGCGGCAGCGUUUAUAGCAGAUUGAAGGUGGUUAAUGAGAUGUGGAUCACUCAAAAGGAUUGGGAUUUGUUGGGCAGUAGAAGCUUGUACUAUAAGAGUAUAUUUAAUUAUUAG